GCCCAGGCAUGGGUCUCCCCGCCUCCCCCUGCUCUUGGCUCCCGGCGAAUUUGCAUGGCACGUUUGGCUGUCAGGAAACAUCAAGCUCCAAACUUUUUUCCAGCCUCUUAUCUUAUCGGCACCUGGACCCUCGCGCCCCACCCCCGGCGCAGCGCAGAAUGCACGCCUAAACGGCCUUGGGCUCCAGUCAAUUUUUUGAGCGGCCCUCCAUACUGGUCCCCCAUCGACAAUCCACCGCCGCUGGUACUGCUUCACGAACGACCUCGUCCAACAGUCUGGAUCUUGCCGAGAACAAGUAGCUCAAGUCCACUGGGCACUCACUAGUAGACCAUACCAUACGAUACCCUCACAACCGCCAGAUACAAAAUACCCAGCCGACGCGAUGCCCGCCCCGACCGCUUUGCUCCAACAGCCUCUCGAGGCUGCCCCUCCAUCCGACCUCGCCCACAACGAUGUCGACCAAGACCUCGGCGAUGACUUCACCCUUGAGGGCAUAAACGACAUGCCAGAGAGCGCAGAUAUCAUACAACCCGCCAGCGCCGGCGCCGAGCAGGGCAUGGAGAUUGACGAGGAGGGAAAGCCCCGCUUUGCGCCAGUGCAAAACAUCGACCCUGUCACACACAUCCAAGGCCGCAAGGUCCCCAUUCCGCCGCACCGCAUGACACCACUCAAGUCAGCAUGGCCCAAGGUCUACACGCCCCUCGUCGAGCACCUGAAGCUCCAGGUCCGCAUGAACCUCAAGCACAAGCGCGUCGAGCUGCGCACGAGCAAGCACACCACCGACACGGGCGCUCUGCAGAAGGGCGAGGACUUUGUGCGUGCCUUUGCGCUCGGCUUCGAUGUCGAGGACGCCAUUGCGCUCCUGAGACUCGACGAUCUGUACAUUGAGACGUUCGAGGUCAAGGACGUAAAGACGCUGACGGGCGAUCACUUGGCCAGAGCUAUUGGCCGUAUUGCCGCUAACAUGGACCGCUUGCCCUCGCCAACAGGCAAGGACGGCAAGACGAAAUUUGCCAUCGAGAACGCCAGCAAAACGCGCAUCAUCCUCGCCGACUCCAAGAUCCACAUCCUGGGAGGCUUCAAGAACAUCCACAUUGCCCGCGAGUCUGUUGUCAGCCUGAUUCUCGGCAAGCCGCCCGGAAAGGUGUACAACAACCUGCGGACGGUGUCGUCGAGGAUGAAGGAGAGAUUCUAG